AUUCUCUUCUCGCACUCAACUAUAAAUUGGUCAGUUUUUACUGACAACCUUACUACUACUGCCAUUAUAGACCUUGCAUUACGUUUUUUAGCGCCUUCUUCUUUUUUGCCCUUUGAAUUACUGUCCCUCCGGCGACAAAGUACCACGCUUUCAUUUUAGCGCCUUACAUAAGCAGUGACCGUUUAAAUGUAUCGCCAUUUUGGAAUUAAAUGAAGUGAAUGAUCGAAUCGGUCGAUAAUUUAUUGCACGUUACCAGUCAUUACCGGGCAUCGAUAACGUGAGAAAUGUGGCACCUGUUGCGUCCGAUUGGCGCAACGGAUGCUAAGUUUUAAAUGUUUGGCGCACGUGGGUGUUUGGCGGUAUGACGUGUACGAAACAUGUUUUUCUGUUUUUGCUUGUGUGAACUCCAAACUGAUUGCAAAGUUACGGUUGUUGCAGAGGAUUCACUUAUUGCGCCUUUUGUUAAAUAACAUGGCUGCUCUGGACGAUUUCUUUCCCAAGGUGAACGCGCCAGAUCCACAGAAUAAGCGAGCGAUCGUGAGGAUGAUUCGAAUCCUGGAGACGCGUAUUCACAAAAGAAAUCUGCUACAGGAAGACGUGCUCGAGAAACAGGAAUAUUUUAGAAACAUAUUAGUGGAACUGGAAAAUGAAAAUGUAUCUCUAAGACAUGACAAUAACGAGCAGAAAAAAGUAAUCUCUGUAUUGGAGGGUCGCAUCUAUAAGUUACAGAAUCAUAUUGAUAGCCUGCUAUACAAAUUGAAUAAUGCAUGUGACGCUCUGAGGAAUCUACAGCAAGAACUUAGGGACAAAGACAGACAACUUAAGGAAUACAUGUUAGAGAAACAAAAAAUAAUACAGAGAUGUAACGAUAAAAUACAAAUUGAGACUGACAGAAUGGCUGAGGCAAUGGAAACAAAAUUGCAGGAACAACAUGAACGGCUGACGAGCUGCAUCAAAAAGAAAGAUGACAAAUUGAGAUUGGUGAGACACAUAUUGACUUCGGUUCGUGAAGAGACAUCUGAUAAUGUCACCUUGACAUCACCAAUAGCCUCGAGUUCGAGAGUGGAGACUGCGGAAAAAGCGACUUCGAUAGUUGAAGAAGAAUCUUCCAAUGUGACGCCCAUCAAUCUUCAAGUUUCUGGAAGCACUUGUGAGCAAAUCUGCCCGCCUUCUCUUUCUCCCUGUGUAGAAACCAUUUCCAAUGACAUCCACGAUGAAAAAGCUACAGAUGGACCGAGCUCUUUAUCUAAAGAAAAACCAAUGUCCACAAUGACAUUUGUUGAGCCUCACAUUUCUGACUCUCAAUACCAGAACCGUCGAACAUCAUUUCGCACAAUAGCUAAUUUUAAUAAUAUCCAAAGAAAAGUCGCAGAGGAGCCAAUCCUGAUCACAGUUAAAGAAUUUUCCAUAUCUUCAGAUUCAAAAGUCGAGAUUGCAGAGGAACCAAAUCCAUCGAUGCCUGUUAACUUUCCAUCAUCAUCUACGAAUGCAUCAAUUGAUACAAUUGUUACUAAAACCAAAUUAAAUACAAAGAUUCCGGUAGUGAACCCGAGAUAUCAGCGAGUACAAAAUUUAGAUAGUUGGAUAGAUCAUCGUCCCACAGGAAUAGUUCCAACUGGCACAAUUUUACAGCCGCAAAUGCAACCUCGUAAACGAACCAUUCGAAAGCUGAUGAAUCCAAAAGAUUUUGUAGCCAGAUCUUCCAGAUAUUGCCUUUUUUCCCAAGAACAAGGUGCGGACGGUGCACUUGAAACCAAAUUGUACAAGGCCAAUGUAUUGCCAACAUGUGGAGGAGGGGCACAGAUUGUAUUUAACGAUAUAGAAUGCUUGACGCAGAUAUCUCCAACCACUACAAAACAUAAUAGCCAAAUAAAAAAUGGAAAAUCCAGUAAAUAAAUUCUACCAGAAACUUCAUGUAAACCUUAAGAUAUAGUUUAUGAGAACAUAGUUACAGAGUUGAUAUUUUUUCUUAUUUAUUUCUUGUUAUUUAUUUAACAGAUAUAUUUGAGAGAGUGCCAUUUUAGUUUUUUCCCAUAUAGACAUCUUGGAAUUUAUGCAAUCAAUCAUUUUUGUAAAAGAUUAAAAAAUAUCCCACAUGUCAGAAGAUAAUAACAAUUUAUUUUUCUCUUGCUUUCAAAUGUCGUAAAGUAAUAUCUGAUGUUUCAAUUCCAAAGUAUCCAUACAGUGUAAUGAUAUAUAAGUUGGAAGACGGACUCUGUACAAGUCGAGAUGGUAAACUAAAACUAAAAAGAAAAAGACUGCAAUGUUAUCUUACACAUGUAAUAAAGCUGCACAAAUGACUUUGCGUACCGAUGAAUCUCAAUUUAUUUGAAUGUGAACAAAGAUUAUCGUUGCACACACACGAGGACGCAUGCUAACGGAUGGAAUUCCUCAUUUAUUAGCGAAUGCUGCUGCGACUAAAAGAUUUCGCUAGUUAAAGCAGAUUUUUUAAAUAUCGUAUUAUCUCAUACGAUUAACAAUUGCGUAAAAACCGCUGAUACUUUUGAAACUUAAAAUAUUCUGCAACAAAUACGCAAUAAUGAACAUCCCCUCCUCCUUUCACUUAUCGCACUUAUAAUCUUGGUGCGCGCGAUUAAACGAUAAAAUAUACAAAAUUAUACGCGUAUCAAGACUAGAUGAAUAUGUUAAUCAUUAGAAUAAUUAGUCAUUAUAUUAUAAUCGGAUCUCUAACAAAUUAUACAUAUAUUUAUAUAUAUAAAAGUGUAUUAGAUAUUAUUUAAAGAUAUUGUCUUACGCAACGCGGUGCACAUUCUCCUUUUUCUCGUAAUACAAUACAAAUUGCUCAACAGGUAGACGUUCGACUUUCGUUAAAUAUUUGCUCACUAAAUAAACAAAUUUACGAUGAACAAUACGGAAUAUAAAAGCGUGUAUAUAUUAAUUCACAAUCCAGAGAAACUGACAAAUGAUAUAAUGUACAGAAAUUUACAGGUAUAUCUUUGGAAGAACGGUGCGUCUUUCGGAGUAUUUUCUUAGAAAGCUGUAAAAGCAAGUUAUUGACUCGAGUUUCGUGAUGAGUAUCAAAGAGAUAUGUAUAGUGUGGAUAAUACCGUUCAACAGAUCGUAUCAUACACAUUAAAUGUAUUUUGCAAAGUAACUAAACUGCUCAAUCCGCGAUAACCAAAAUGUAAUUUAAUCCACUCAGAAUAAACAUAACAUUUACAAAGUGUAUUUUAUUUCGUAAUGAUUCAUAUAUGCAUAUUUACACGUAUGUGUAUGUCGCUAUGUGUGUAUUCAUUGCUCUCGACACUACAAAGUGUAUAUCAAUAUCGAUAACUUCAGCGAAACAACGAAUAUUUGUAGUUUCGAGCUACUAAAAUUACAUCUUAUACGUUAAAACGAUUAGGCGCAUACCCAGGCAGUUCUAUACUUGGCAAGCGCCACAAUAGUUGAGAUUUAUUGCAACGGUAACACAUCAAGUUAAAUUAUUUUUCUGUAGCAUGAGAGUCGUAUCCAGUGAUUAAUCCGAAA